GACGUAGCAAUAAUGUUAAAUCAAAGACAAGGUCGUGUUGUGGCAUACACAACUUCAAAUUCGUUAGUAAUAACUGAAACUGAUGUUGUUCUAUUGAUUUGAUUCCUCAAUUUCUCCAACCCAAACUAAAUUUCCUGUUUUGAUCGCUUCACUGCAUUCAGUUCUCACUUCUGAAUUGUUUUUGCGACACAAUCAUUCAUUCUACCAUGGCUUCACUAAGCCGGCGGUUAUCCGCCGCCGGCGCCGCCGCAUCGGUCGGUCGGGCUCAGUUACGGCGCCCCGCCGGGGUAAGCGGGCUGCGUUACAGUUACUGCGUCAGGAGGCCAAUGCGGUUGGUGGCGGCGGGGGACACCGUGGGAGGCGGCGCGUGGGUGACAUUCGCCUCCGGAGGGAGGGAGGAGAAGGUGGGGGCUUGCUCCUACGCGGUGGAGGAUCGGAAGGUGGCGGUAGAUGGUGGAAGGGAAUCGGUGGAGGGGAGUGGUAAGCGGGCGGCGGAAGUGGCGGCGGCGGCGGCCGCGACGGUGGUGCUAGGUGUGGGGAACCGGGUUUUGUAUAAGCUGGCUUUGGUUCCUUUGAAGCAGUACCCUUUCUUCCUUGCUCAACUUGCCACUUUCGGAUAUAUAAUAGUGUACUUUGGCAUUUUGUAUAUUCGACAUCAUGCGGGUAUUGUGACUGAUGAAAUGUUAAAUGCGCCAAAGGCUCCGUUUAUUGGUAUUGGUCUAUUGGAGGCUCUUGCUGCUGCAACUGGAAUGGCUGCAGGAGCAAUUCUAUCUGGAGCAUCCAUUCCAAUUUUGUCUCAGACUUUUCUGGUGUGGCAAAUACUCCUCUCUAUUAUUUUUCUCGGAAGAAGAUAUAAAGUGAACCAACUACUUGGGUGUUUUCUUGUAUCCAUUGGUGUAGUUGUUACUGUAGCAAGUGGGGCUGGUGCUGGGAAUUCAUUGAAGGAAGGUGGUAUGUUUUGGAGUCUUCUGAUGAUAAUUUCGUUUUUUCUCCAAGCAGCUGGCACCGUGCUGAAGGAAACAAUCUUUUUGGACUCAACCCAAAAACUGAAGUAUCAUCUUAAGCAGGGAGGUUCUAUGGACUUGUUUGUUGUCAAUUCAUACGGAUCUGCUUUCCAAGCACUAUUCAUAUGUCUUCUUCUACCCUUCUUGUCAAAAUUAUGGGGCAUUCCCUUCAGUCAGCUUCCAAAUUACCUUAAAGAUGGUGCAGCCUGCUUCCUAAAUGUUGGUACAUUAUCAAGUGGAUGUGAUGGUGCUCCUCUGCUGCCUCUGCUGUUUAUCAUCGUAAACAUAGGUUUCAACAUUGCACUGCUUCAUCUCCUCAAAAUCUCUUCAGCUGUUGUAUCUUGUCUUGCUUCCACAUUUUCAGUUCCAAUAUCAAUCUAUGUGUUCACCAUGCCAUUGCCAUACCUUGGUGUUGCUUCCUCUCUUCCAACAGGUUUCAUGGCAGGUGCCAUCAUUCUCCUUUUGGGUUUACUCAUCUAUGCAUGGACUCCUUCAAAUGGUUCUUUCUCAGCUUCCACCUAGAAUGAGUUAACAUGUCAUUGAACACACUAAAACAGCAGAAGGAACUAAUUCAUGUUCACUUCUCAGUGGUGGCUAAAACAAGGAAAAAGAAUGUGUUGUUCUUAUAAUUGCUGGGAAGCGUUUUUUAUGAACUAAGCUCAAGUUAGAAAGAAAUAAUGUAGAUUGUAGAUUGUUGGAGAUCUAUAUUCGUUAAAGAUAACCUUUAAUUAUAACAUAUAAAUGGGAUAUAUUUUAUCUUAUCUCAAUUCAAUAAGUUAAGAUUUAUCCCUAUUUAUAUAUUAUAAUUUUAUUUUAUUUUUAACAAAUAUCUGACAUUCAAUUUUUGUAUAAGCUAAAAAAGAAUGAAUAGAGAAUAAACUUCAUUUUGUUCAUGUU